AUGAAUGACCCCACUAUGUUGCAACAAAUGUCAAGCAACCCUAUGCUUUUAAACCGAGUUAUUGGUGCACAGAGUGGAGGUUUAAGAGCGGCACUUUUAGCGAAAAUGGCAGGCUAUGGUGGAGCUGCAGACGGAACAGCUUAUAACCCUCAAAGUCAAAUGAAUUUGAGUUCACUCAAAAAUCAAAUAACAGAUGUCAAAAAGUCAAACAUAGACAUACAGAAACAAAUAAGUGAAAACGAAAAGAAACUAGAAUAUGACAGACAGACAAAGAAACUCAAUGAGUUAAACGUAGAGAAAAAGAAGAAAGAAGAACAACUGAAAGAACUAAGUACAGAGGAAUAUGCGAAAAAAGUGUCAGAAAAAGCAGCAGAAGUAGCAAAAAUGGAACAAGAUGUUAUAAAUUUGAAAAACCAUACUACUCAAUAUAAAGUACUGAAAGAUGAAGAGAUAAAACAAAAAGCCAUGAAGACAUAUAUGGAUAGCGAUGAGUAUAAAAAAGAAGUUGAAGCAAAUGUAAAGGCAGAAAAACUUUUACAGUUGCAAAACCAAACCGUACAGUAUGAAAACUUAGCACAAGAAAGUAAAAAUAACGACGCAGCCAUGCAAAAGGCAAUGAAAAGCGCAGAAUAUAUAAAAGCUAAUAAUGACUGGUUAGAUGCCCAAGCCAACGCUAAAGCAGCCCAACUUAUAGGGUCAAUAAGGACAAAAAUACAAGCGGAUGAAGACAGUUCAAAUGAAGCUUUAAUGAAUGCUGACUUUAAGAAUGCCUUCGAAGCUCUUCAUAGUAAG